AUGGACUUGAACGACGAGGAGGCGCUCUCGGCGCUGCUGGAGGAGGAAGCCGAAGCUGACGUCCAGGAGGAGGAGCAUCUCAUGGUCCUCGCUGCCCUCGCCAGCCUGCUCAUGAGCAAUGAAAAGCCGCGGCGAGGUGGCUUGGCGCCGGGGCGGCUGAAAGCUGAGAACCCGGACAAGCUGUCAAGGCUUUCACCCGACGCCAUCGCUAUCCAGCGGCAGUUUCCCGUUUCCAAGCUCAUCAAUGGCAAACGCCUCCGCAAGACCCUGAGCAAUACAAGGGGCUCCAUCACCCCUCCACUCCUCGUCCAUUCCGCCGACGCCACAGCAGCUAAUUCCCCAGCACGCCGUGCCUUCCGACCCCGGCCCGCCUGCCUCCUCCCGGACCUCCUAGCCAUGUCGGCCGACGAGAUCAGGGCCGAGAUCAACACCCUUAUCGCCUCCAAGUUCGCCGAGGGUACGGUGGAUCAGUAUUUCUUGCAGCUGUACGUGAUGUGGAGGUACCGGAAGAUACGCAAGGGCCUGGUCGUCGAGGUCAUUGAACGCUACCUCCACGACGCCGACAAGAUCCUCACCGAAAUCGCCGUCUUGCUGAACCAGCCCCAGCUGGACUACGACAAGGUGGAGGGGAUCGCGGAAAAGCUCGAGGGGUGCAGCAGCAGCAGUGUUGGUGCUAAGAGAGUCAACCUCUCGUGCGUGGAGUACUUACAUCCUGAGGCAAAAACCAAAGAAGGGUCAGUACUCAUUAUGUACUAUGUUGCACAAUAA